UCUUUGACAAUGACAUUUGCUGAAUGGCAGAUGCUCAGUUUGCUCUUUGGCCCGAUUCUUAUUGGCUUGGCCCAUAAGUGGUAUUCGACGACUGUACGUGUUCUUUGACAAUUGCAAUUAGAAUUCGUGGGGAUAUAUUCUUUUGCUUAUAAUUCUAAGUCACGAUAGUCAAAAUCUGCAUUAUACCAUUUGCAAUAACCACAGCGACUUGCCAAGAGUAGCAACAGGACCGUGGACAAAACUACGACUGAGAAGCAUUUCCCUUUAAAAUACCUCCUGGCAAAUUCUCCUGUCGGUGAGCUAAGUGGCUAAGUUCAAGUUUUUGAGGAAUAUACAAGACUGCGCAUCGUGUGUUUGACAUUGGGAGAGUAAGAGAAUCGAAGAAAGAUUUGUGUAUUCUAAAAAGGAACGCUUGGUAGAUGAGAAGCUGGUUAUCAUUUUUUUCCAUUGCCUUUCCUCUCCAUACUUGGCACUAUAACCACGUUCUUAUUUGCUCUAUGAGACAACGACUUUUGCAAACAAAAAGCUGGCAGUCUUUAAAAUCAAUUGCCAGCGCCGCGAAAGCUGUGUUUGCGGAUGAGUUAGUGUAGAGACAGCCUAACAAUAAUACUGUGAUCCUCCCAUAACUUUUCAUAAAGCACUCGAAAAUAAGUACAUGAUUCGAGGGAAUUUCUGCGAUUUCUUGGACAUAUCUUCGUUUUUUUCUGGGAGCUAAAGUAUCCUUUGGGGAAUACAUCAAUCGGUCCCUGCGGACUAGAACAUCUUUCGAAAAUAAGCGCUUUGUUCAAGACUGCAGAAUAGUUUUCACCUGAAACACGAGAAGAAUGAAUACAAGUUCGGUGACAAACUCAACUUCUGGCAUACCGGCUACGAACGCCUUAAGUCCAAGCGAGCAAAUUGGUAAAGUCUUCGCCCUGGCUGUUAUAUUUGUUGUUAGCCUGGUGGGAAAUGCCUUAAUCAUUAUUACCAUAAGCAAGUAUAAAGCGCUUCAAAAGUCAAUCAACUAUUUCAUCCUUAACAUGGCAGUGUCGGACUUGAUAUUAACCCUAGUUACGAUCCCUAUGCUCAUCUCAAAGCAGAUCGUGGGAAACCGUUGGCUUAUCAAAGGGAUGGCUGGACUGGUACUUUGCAAGACAUCUCUGUUUCUUAGCGACAUAUCACCUGUUGUUUCGAUCCUAAGUCUCGUUUUUAUGAGCUUCGAUAGAUUUGUUGCAGUAGUUUUCCCUCUUUGGAAAUUAACCUCUAAAACUCGUGUGAUUUUAAACAUGACAACAUGGAUAAUUGCCUGUGCCUUCUAUUCCCCUUAUUUUCACGGUUUCAAAAUCGUUGAUGAGCAAUGUAUUUUAUUUUGGGGUGUUAAUCACAUCACUUUUAACACAGUUUAUUGGAUGGUAAACGCGGUCACGUUCAUAAUUCUACCAUUUGCGAUCAUUACUAUUUUCUAUGUCGCUAUUUUUAUCGAGCUUCGCAGGCAACUCAAAAAAAGCAAGGGAAUGAUGGCAAACUCCCACACACUGCGCCAAAAACAAAACCGAAAAAUUGCCAAACUUGCGUUCUGCAUUGUGUUUGCCUUUGGGAUAUGUUACGGUCCGUUAAAUCUAGUUAUCGUUAUGAUGCAAAAUUUUGUCUUUAAGUGGAAGCGAAACCCUGGCCAUGAAUUUCAGCAAUGGUAUUUUGUGUCACAACUUUUUUCGUUCUUAAAUGCCGCUAUCAAUCCGAUUAUUUGUAUCUACUUUAAUAGAAAUUUGUACCAAAGCCUGAGAAGCUGGGUUUGCGGAAAAUCGAAUCAGGAAUCGAAUCAAGAGGCUUUGAGGUUGUCAAAUGCUCAACAAUCCAAAAUGAAAAACCUCCCAACGACCCAUCGGUGAAAAUACACCCGUGUGAUCAAGUAGCCGUGUGUUAGAAGCAAAGUGUUUUUGUCUAUUUUAAUGCCUCAAAAUAAAGAACAAUGAACUGGGUUAUCCCCCUGUCCUGUUAAAAUUGAAUGUAAAACAGAAAUGUAUAUUGAGUAAAAUGCAAAAAAGAAAGAAUAGAUUGCCUUUUACCCAUGAGAAUAUUUAUGUACAUAAUACUUAAACUAUUGUAAGUUAACAGUGGAUCUUAAGUACUGAAGAGUCCCUUAAAUGGGCCAUUCUUUUAGAUUUCCCCCAUUGUAUUUCCCCUCUAAAAAUGAAAAGUAAGACUAGAUAAUUACAGCGUAGACGAAGGAAAGAAAACUAAAAUUAACACUGUUGUAUAAUUCUCAUUCUAAAUAUUCCUUAUAGGAAAUAAAGUGACCUCUUGAUCAAGAUU